AUGGCUGAGGUUCAGUUGGAGAAUAUUCAAUCAGUAGCUCUUAAACUACCACAGUUUUGGGCUGAUGGAGCUAAAGUUUGGUUCGCACAAGCCAAAUCACAGUUUGCAAAAAAGAAUAUUACAAGUGAGCUAACGAAAUAUCAUCAUGUGGUUGCAGCCUUGCCUAACGAAAUCGCAGUUAAACUGAUAGAUUUCUUUGAAAAUGUACCGGGAGAAGAACAAUAUACCUCUAUAAAGAUGAGACUCUUGAAGAAAUUCACACAUACAGAUCUGGAGAAAGCUGAGCUUAUUCGAUCUAUGCCAGGAAUAGGUGAUAGGAAACCAUCAGACCUAAUGGAUUCAAUGCUAGCAGUCUGUCCUACUGGUCAGAGCAUGUCCCCAUUCUUUUUGAAUGAAUUUCUUCGCAGGAUACCAGGAAAUAUUCGUGGACAUCUUCAUACCUUUGGAUAUGAAGACCCUCGUUCUCUUGCUCAACAAGCCGACCUUGUUUGGUCCUCCCAAUCCUCACAGCUUAUUCAACAAGUUUCUGAGGAUAACUUAGCAGAGGAGAACUUUUGCAGUACAAUCCACAAUUAUCGCCAGAAGAAUCAAAAUACUCAGGAUACUUCUGCAAUGGCUGGAUGGUGUAAUACACAUAGGAAGUAUGGACGUAAAGCAUUUUCAUGUAAAGCUCCUUGUUCUUACAAUACUGGUUCGGGAAACGGAAAGACCGGCAGAAAAAAUUAA